UAGCGCUGCUUGUGGUCACAGCCAGGCAAGCUCACAUCCCAUCUGGAUCACGCUCGCUCUCUCCCUUCUGCUUUCCUACCAUAGAGUUGCGCUGGAAACAGAAGAUAGAGGGAGUGUAGGAGCUCGCCAUCUCCAAGCGAUCUACAUUGGGAAAAACAUGGAGUCGGCUCCGGCAGCCCCCGAUCCAGCCGCCAGUGAGCCGGGCAGCAGCGUCUCCGAGGCGGCCGCCGGCGCCAGGGACACCCCGGUGAACCUGGAGCCUGCCCGGAAAAGCGAUGCGCCGGCUCCCGUCCGCAGGCAGAGCUACUCCAGCAGCAGCAGCAGCAGAGGUAUUUCUGUAACAAAGAAGACUCAUACAUCUCAAAUUGAAAUUAUUCCAUGCAAGAUCUGUGGAGACAAAUCAUCAGGAAUCCAUUAUGGUGUCAUUACAUGUGAAGGCUGCAAGGGCUUUUUCAGGAGGAGUCAGCAGAGCAAUGCCACGUACUCGUGUCCUCGGCAGAAGAACUGUCUGAUCGACCGGACCAGCCGGAACCGCUGCCAGCACUGUCGCUUACAGAAAUGCCUUGCUGUGGGGAUGUCUCGGGAUGCUGUAAAGUUUGGUCGAAUGUCAAAAAAGCAGAGGGACAGCCUGUACGCCGAGGUGCAGAAACACCGAAUGCAGCAGCAGCAGCGGGAUCACCAGCAGCAGCCAGGAGAGGCAGAACCACUCACACCAACAUACAAUAUCACCACCAAUGGGUUAACAGAGCUACAUGACGACCUCAGUAAUUACAUUGAUGGGCAUACCCCUGAAGGUAGCAAAGCAGACUCUGCAGUUAGCAGCUUCUACUUAGACAUACAGCCUUCUCCAGAUCAGUCGGGUCUUGAUAUUAAUGGAAUCAAACCAGAACCAAUAUGUGACUACACACCAGCAUCGGGCUUCUUCCCUUAUUGUUCUUUUACAAAUGGGGAGACCUCUCCAACUGUGUCCAUGGCAGAAUUAGAACAUCUUGCACAGAAUAUUUCCAAGUCACACAUGGAAACUUGCCAGUACUUGAGAGAGGAGUUACAGCAGAUAACAUGGCAAACUUUUCUGCAGGAAGAAAUUGAGAACUAUCAGAACAAGCAAAGGGAGGUAAUGUGGCAGUUAUGCGCAGUCAAAAUAACAGAAGCUAUACAGUAUGUAGUGGAAUUUGCCAAACGCAUUGAUGGCUUUAUGGAACUGUGUCAAAAUGAUCAAAUUGUGCUUUUAAAAGCAGGGUCUUUAGAGGUUGUGUUCAUCAGAAUGUGCCGUGCCUUUGACUCCCAGAACAACACAGUCUACUUUGAUGGCAAGUAUGCUAGCCCAGAGGUUUUCAAGUCCUUAGGUUGUGAAGACUUCAUUAGCUUUGUGUUUGAAUUUGGAAAAAGUUUAUGUUCUAUGCAUCUGACAGAAGAUGAGAUAGCUUUGUUUUCUGCGUUUGUUUUAAUGUCAGCAGAUCGCUCAUGGCUUCAGGAGAAAGUAAAAAUUGAAAAACUCCAACAGAAGAUCCAGCUAGCACUUCAGCACGUCCUACAGAAGAACCACCGAGAAGAUGGAAUUCUAACAAAGUUAAUAUGCAAAGUGUCUACUUUAAGAGCACUGUGUGGACGACAUACAGAAAAGCUUAUGGCAUUUAAAGCAAUAUACCCAGACAUUGUGCGACUUCAUUUUCCUCCACUUUACAAGGAGUUGUUCACUUCAGAGUUUGAGCCAGCAAUGCAAAUUGAUGGGUAA